AUGGAUCAUUCACUCUCCCUUGGCAAUAACGCAUACUCAAAGCGAUCCAAGCUCAACAAUACCAUCUAUUCACUCUCAUCCUCAUCAUCGACCAAACGAUGGAAAUGGUGGAGCUACACAGCAGCAGUACUCUUGAUCUUUGCCCUUGUUGAAGGGUUGAUAGCAUUGAUCGGUUCCAGCGUCCUUUACUCCCUACCGGACCAGAUCCAAAUUGAUUCACGCGAUUUCAGAAAGGUUGAAUAUCAGGGGUUGGCUUUAGAUCCUACUGCAAGAUACAAGAAACAGAUCCAAGUCUAUCAUGUUACUAAAGAGUUUGGUCAAGCUACCAUGGGCGGGCUUGGUAUGGUAGUCACAGCAUUAGCCUCAGCACAACAGCGGGCACGCUCUCAAAAGGUCAACGUUGUUAUGCCACAUUACUCCAUGCUAGACUCCAUCCCCGGUCUCGACAUCAAACUUGCUGUCACCCUCCCUCUCGAUGUCAAGGAUAAACAUGGACGCAUUCAAAAUCUUGUUUUCAGUGUUCACAAAAUGAAGUUCCCAGUCCCCUUCAAGCCCAGCGACCUUGUUAACGACAAGAGACUCAUCACACCCGUCACCAUCUGGCUGAUUGGUCCCGGCAGUGUCUAUCCAUUUGACCGUGCCUUCCAAAGCAAAAACGUGCAAGAGAUUUAUUAUAGUCCCAAAGGUCUUCCUAGCGAAUGGAAGGAUCUAUAUUUUUCCAAGGCCGUUGCUACCUUUAUCCAGCACCAAAACAAGAACAACGAUAUCUCUCUUUUUGCAGCUGCCGCAACCCGUGUUAUUGAUGUUGUUCAUGUUCACGGUGCCACCAACGCACUGGCUUUACAUUAUCUGCAACAGCUCAUCGACAGAGGCGCUAUGGGAGAGGAGCCUCCAGCCUUAAUUUACACCUUGCAUGAUUAUCUGGAUGAGCUGCAAUAUUCGAAUGAGAUUGUUAAUGUACAGAAAUUCAUGUUUAAAGAAGUUCACUCUGACGAUGAAGAAGAAGACAUGUAUUUACAGAUGGAGGGCAUUUCACCUUACUGUCAUGGCCAUCGCAUGUUCACUUCUGCUUUGGGCAUUGAUCUCGCAGAUGCAGUCACAUUCGUGUCAAAGACAAUGGCCAAGGAUAUCGUUGAAGGAAGGCUGGAUUUCUAUCUGAAGGAACUUGUCCUCGGAAGUGUAUUGAACCAAGCAGAGAAGAACCUCUUUGUUGGCAUUACGAACGGCGUGGAUUUCAGCAGGCUCAACCCAUGGACCAUGCCUGUGUUGCAAGACAAGAAGCUGACGUUCCCUUCAAAUGAGGUGAUGGGUGCGGACGAGACCGCUAUUGGAGUCAAACCCGAAGAAGCAAACACCGUUAUCUCAACAUCACCAAAUCCAACAAUCCGUUCAGCCAAGGAGGCUGCUAAACAUUAUUUGUAUUCAAAAGGUCUUUUGACAGAGCAAGAUCUUAAAAAACCACUCGUGCUCUUCAUUGGCCGUUUCCAGUACAACAAGGGUCUCGAAUUCUUUACUACUGCUGCGCAGACGAUCAAAGAACAUGGAGGAAAGUUUGUGAUUAUGGGACAACCUAAUAAUUUCCCAGUCAAGCUUGUCAACAAUCUGGAGCGUCUCUUUAAAGGAACAGUUGUGGUGAUUUCAGAUGCCAAAACCCAAGAUGACUGGGGUAUCUUCUGGCGUGUUGCCGCAGAUUUCCUUUUGGUCCCUUCCUUGACUGAGAGCUUUGGCCUAGUCGCAGCAGAAGGUCUCUUAUUUGGAUCGACCGUCAUCUCGUCCGGUGUAGGUGGUCUCUCUGAGUUUUUGGUGGAUCGUCCCAACCCCAAUGAUAUUCGGCAACAGCAGGAACUUGAGGAAGCCAAGCGUGAGCAGCAAUACAUUCCACUUGAUCAGCAAGUUCAAGAGAUACCUAGGGAAGAGAGGUUCAACAGCUAUCUCUUUGAUGCCUUUGCGACGGAUGCACAUGCUCAGCUGACAGCAGCCAUUAGCGAUGCACUUAAAGAUUGGAGGCGGCUUCAGCAAUCGCCAGCAGAGCAUGAGAAAUUCUUGACAAGGCUGAUGAGGAGUGCACUAUCGAUGGGCUGGGAACGCGCAGGUGGCCCUGUGGAUCAGUACCGUGCUCUAUAUGAAAUUGCAUUGAAUAACAUCGGUCUAACCCAGAUAGCAUAA